GAAAGCACUGUGGAGCCAAUGGGUGGAGCAAAGAACAGAGCGCAGUUGUAAAUCAAAACACGAUCCCACAGGUAGAUGUGGCAGAAGAGAGACACUGAAAAGGCUCAUGUGAAAAAAGGAGUGCAGGAGAUAAGGAUAAGGUGAACGGGGUUAAGUUACAGUCUUGUUAGGUUUAAUUCUCAUUCAGUGUCUGUGGAAUGAGAAACACAGAAGAAGGAAGUACAGAGCUGCUGGCUGACUGGGGGAGUGGGAGGAUUAAUGUUAGAAGCUGGAUAAAGUGACAAAGUGAAACAAAAGAAGAGAGAACUGAGUUGAACGGCAAGCUAGAAUACACAGUGUGGUUGUUUGAGAUGCAACUGCAAACAAAAGUUUGCAGGUAAAACAGGCACAGAACAGAACAAGCGCGAGACAGACAGCAGCAAAAGCAGACGUAACGUAACGCCACCAUGUUGAUGAAAGAGUACAGAAUAUGCAUGCCUCUUACUGUGGAUGAGUAUAGAAUUGGUCAGCUGUACAUGAUCAAUAAGCACAGCCUUGAGCAGUGCGAGGGAGGGGAUGGUGUGGAGAUCAUCCGGAACGAGCUUGAUACCCACCCUAAAUACGGAGCCGGUCAAGUCACUGAGAAGCGUAUUUACCUCAGCAGUAAAUUGCCCUCCUGGAUGAAGAAGUUUGUCCCUAUGAUCUUCUACAUCACUGAAAAGGCCUGGAAUUUCUACCCAUAUACUAUCACAGAGUACACAUGCUCCUUCCUUCCCAAGCUGAUAAUCAAAAUCGAGACACACUUCGAGAACAACAAUGGCAGCAAUGAUAAUGUGUUUGAAGACAUACCCACACCCAAAGACAGUGUCUCUUUCUUAGAUAUACUGAGUGACCCGAUUCCUGAAAAAUACUACAAAAAAGAUGAGGACCUGAGCAUCUGGAUGUCAGAAAGGACAGGGCGUGGCCCCCUGCUGGAGGGCUGGAGACAAAACACCAAUCCCAUCAUGUGCUCCUACAAGAGAGUUCAGUGCAGCUUCGAGGUCUACGGGUUCCAAGGCCGGACAGAAGAGUUCAUCCACAGGAAUAUACGCGACAUCCUGCUGGUGGGACACAGACAGGCAGUGGCAUGGAUAGACGAGUGGCACGGGAUGAGCCUGGAGGAAGUGAGGGAGUUCGAGAAGCAGCUGCAGCAAGAGACGAACGAGAAGAUGAAGAACGACAUGAGUGGCUCAGGCUCAGUCGCUCGUGUGCGCCCUUCAUUCUCCCGCUCUGUCUCGGUCAUGGAUGCGUCGUCACUGAAGAAGAUGGGGGUGAACACUGUGGAUAUUACAGACCCUCCAUCAUCACCAUGUUCCUCAAAGUUCAGGAGCUCUAUGAGAUUGAAUUCCACACCGGACUAACCGCACACUCCUUUCUGUUAAAAUGAAAUGUCCAGCCAAAUACUAUUCCUUUUUGAAGAUAUUCAUUAGCGAAAUAUUGUAGGGAAAAAAUACUAUGCACAGAUGUGGGUAGGGGAUCUGUUUUUGUUUUUUUUUAACUGUUGCCAAAGCAUGAUAACUAGCUAGAUCCUAGUUCUCUCUUAUUGUAUCAUAGUUAUCAGAGAAAGUGUGGACAAACCUCUAGAUCAAACACAUACUGUAUGUAUGGACAUGAAACUACGCAGACUGGUAGCAUGGCAGCAAGAACAGUGCUUCCUAGCUACAUUAGCUAUUCUGUACCCGUGCCUUAGAGCAGCUGGGGUUGUUCUGAUGGACAUCACCAUCGUUCUUGUCCAGCGAGCAGGGCCAAUUACGCUCUUUAAAACUCCCAGCUAUGAAUGACUAUGAAAAAAAUAGGUCAAAACCUUAGACAAGCAUGUGUUCUUUACACUAAACCUCGUUAGAGUUCUAUCCUGUUUACGCAACCUAACACCUUCCCAUGCACUUCUCUAUUGACCUAGACAUACACUUUGUGUCAUACACCUUCUGUAAAACUGCAUGUAUGUGCACAUAGCAGAUCAUACAGCAUUGCAGAGACUCAGCAAUGCACCAGCAAGGUCUGCUUUAGAUCUGUUUGAAGGUGACACCGGGUAGCUUCCUACACGUUUCACUUCAUGAUCGGUUAACCUGUGCAAGGCUUUUGCAGAGAGAAUUUUUCCCCAGUACCUACAAUUAGCUCUAGUUUAGUUGUUGUACAAAUGCACAAUGUAAGUACAAUGCAAGUAAUGCACAAUAAUGUGUCAGUCAGAUAGUUGACAAUUAUAUUAAGCACUUUAAUAUGUGUUCCGUUCAUUUCCCUGAAUUUCUUUGUAGGAAUAUUGCACCAUUAUUGCAUAUAUUGAUUUAGGUUCAGUGGGAAAUAGUAGAUUAAUAUAUUGGUUCUUUAAUAAUACAGCUUAGUUUCUGACUUACGUAUGAGCUCUAAUAUUAUAGUGAUAGAUCAAAUGUGUAUGUAAGUGCGCUCUAGCCAGCUGUUCCUGCCUGCAAAGAAUUACAGUGUUGGGCCUUGCAUUCUGGUCCUAAGAUCAAGUGGCCAAAAAUCACAGAGACUCUUACAUUACACAAUCUGCUGCCUAGGUUUUUUUUUUAAUUUACUACUAAAAGAAACAAAUAUGAAAGAAAAUGAUUAGCAUAUGUAGAUGAGGCCGGGCUGUAGCUGAAUCUAAAAAAAAUAUUGUAAUGUAAAUAAAAAACUAAACGAAACUCA